GCCUGAAACGGUAAUGGAGGCCCAAUUGACCAAUUUUGGAGAGUCCAGCGGUGGAUUCCGGGCCUUAACGGCCGCCACCGCUACCGUGCACCACACUCCGCACUUCCGCAGUAUGGCUCGCCGAUUGUGCCGUCUCUAUCGCCUCGUCUCCGCAUCCGCCUCCGCCUCCGCCGCCCCGAGACCUCACCACCUCCCCUUCGCCGUGAACCCUAGCCCCGCGCCCCUCGCCCCCUCCUCGUCGGCAUCGUCGCCGCCCGGUUUUGCCGCUCCCUAUCGCCUCUUCUCUUCAGCGAGUGGUUCCAGCAUGGUGGUCGUGGGCUCCGCGGAUUCCUUCAACAGCAUCCUUUCCAAGGUGCAAGAUGAGAAGCUACCAGCCGUGUUCUACUACACGGCCGUGUGGUGUGGACCAUGUAGGGCGAUUGCACCUCUUGUAUCUAAAUUGAGCAGCCAGUAUCCUAAGAUACCUGUAUACAAAGUUGACAUUGAAUUGGAAGGACUGGGAAACAAACUCCAUGGUCUAAAUAUAUGUUCAGUGCCUACGUUUCACUUCUAUCACAAGGGGCAGAAGAUUGAUGAAAUUGUGGGUGCUGAUGGAAAGAAACUUCAAGCUGGCAUGGAAAGUCUCCACAAGCAGCAGUAGAAGCUUCAGAGAAGGGUUGGAAAUCGACUUGAGAAGGGAAUGGUUUCUUUCAUCUACAUCGCAUGAGAAGGGUCGCACACUUCUGAAUUCGUAUUUUCUUAUGUCAUAGCGUUAAUGCCAGUGUUUCAUGUGAGGGCAUCAGAUGCUUGUGAUCCAGCUUGUUUUCACUUUUGGAUCUUGAGAUAGGCAACUUUGUCCAGAACUCCUAAUGUUUCUCAUGCAGUGAAAUGGGUUGAAAAUGGACCUCCAUUUGUGCA